AAGAAAAUGGUCAAAAUGCGAAAAUCAAAAAAUCAACGACUGCUGUUAAUGAAAAACGAAAAUCAUCAACAUCCAAUACUACUGUUGUUAUUCACGAUGAUAAUAGUGAUGAUCAUCAUAAUAAUGUUGACGAUAAUAAAUCUAAUGAUGAUGAUGAUGAUGAUGAGUUCCAUAAAUCCAAAAUGUUAAAAUGGAUGACAGUAUCGAAUUUGGAAUUUGAAAAUAAUGAUCAAGAUCGAUACCAUUAUCAUAUGAUUGAAUUACGAACCACAUUUGAAACAUUGAUACAAAUGGAUGAAAAGAAUAAACGAUUACAAACAAAAAUUGAAAAUAUUCGUAAAGAAAAUGAACAAUUGGAAUUGAUGAAAGAUGAAAUUGAUCAAAUUUAUGCCAGUUUUAUUACAACAGAAUAAUAAUAUCUACAUCACAAUUCUCUUCUUUUCCCAUAAAUUUCUAAAUCUUUUUUCUUUUGAUAAUAAUCGAUUUAAAAUUUUUGUAAUUCUUAUCCAUUAGUGAUUAGAUUGUGAAAUAAAAUAAAAUAUUCUUGAUGAUAUCCAUAUGGUCACGUGACCAUUGGAUUCCAACAUAUAUUAUGUGCGCGUUUAGCUCAUAUCGAUGUAUGGAGGCAGCGGUAAGCAUUAAUGUUGAAGCCGAAUGAUUAGCUUUAAUACUUAGCUAAUAGCCAAAGAAAAGGAAUGAAAUAAAAAAGAAUCCUUAUUGAUUUCAUAAAUGGAACAACAACAAAAAACGAUAAAAGAAGAAAUUCUCGAUUCGGAUGCAAACAAAUCAUCUGAUUCAUCGAUGAAUACGAAGAAAAAACGUAAAAAAUCCAAAUUGAAUAGUGAUGAAACUGAUGAUAACUCGAUGGCAACAUUAGCGAAUUGUAAAUCGGAUAAUAAUGAUGAUAAUGAUGAAAUGUCUAUGAUGAUGAUGAUUAUGAAUGAUGGUGUUAAUAAUGGUGUUGUUGAAACUGAAUUGCUUGAAUUGUCAAAUGAUACUGUCAUUACUGAUAAUUUUGAUAAUCGUUGGUCAACAAAUGAUUUGAAAACUUUAUUGGAAAAUAUAAAAAAAUGUUUACCACAAAAUGAUUUGACAAAAUAUUCAACAACAUUGGAAAAGACAAUCAAUUGGGAUCAAAUAAAAUUCAAACAUUUCGAUGCAAAUGAAUGUAAAGAAUGUGCAGUGAAUAUUAUAAAUGGAUUACGAAAAUAUCGAACAUUAACCGAAAUGCUUGGCGAUGCAUUCGAAUGGACAAAUAAACGACAUUUAAAUCAUCCUAAUCGACCGAAAAAACCAUGUUCAUUAUUUUUACGAUAUUUUUUAGAAAAACGUCCAAAACUACAACAACAAUAUCCGAAUAAAUCUGUGGCUGAAUUGGCGAAAAUUUUAUCCACAAAAUUUGCCAAAUUAUCCGAUAAAAAACGAGCCAAAUAUCGUCGUGAUUAUGAAGAAGAUCUUAUUAAAUAUCGUGAACAAAUGAUACAAUUUCGUACAAAAUAUCCGGAAUUGUUUUCUCAACGUAUGCGAACUGGUGAGAAAAUUGGCCCGGAAAAACCACGUACACCAUUUCAAUUGUAUCGAUUAUCUAAGAUGAAGAAAAUACCAACAGAUACGGAUGAAGAUCCAAAAGCCAUACAGGAUCGAAUACGUGAACAAUGGAAUAAUAUAAGUGAAAAAAAACAUUAUAAAUUUAUUAAAAAAUCACUUAAAGAUCAAGAACGUUAUAAUCAAGAAUUGGAGGAAUUUAUGGCUGCUAAUCCAACAUAUACAGCACCGGUCAUAAUGAAACCAUUAUUGACAAAAAAUGAACAAGAAUUACGACGUCGUUAUCAAGGAAUGCCAAUGAGGCCACCAAAUUCUGGUUAUAUGCUAUUCUCACAGAUAAUGCUUAAAGAAUUCAAAGAUGUUCCAUCUAAAGAAAAAAUGGUACUUGUUGCUAAACGAUGGAAAGAGAUGACCAUUGAGGAACGAUCAAAAUAUAAUGAAGAUGCACAGAAUAUGAUGAGUGAAUAUAUAAGAAAAUUUGAUGAAUACGUCCAUACAUUACCGGAUGAUGAGAAAAAACAGCUACUUAUUGAACAAGGACAUUUUAAAUUACCAAGUGAAAAGAAUAUUUUUUCAUCGAAUAAACAAUUUAUGCCAACAUCAUCGAUUGUAUCGUUAGCCAAAGAAAUGCAGAAAAAAACUGCUGCUAUCGAUCAGACAGCAAUGAUUGCAUAUCAAAUGAAUGAAAUGCAACGGUUAAAACCAAUUUAUAGCGAUAAAACGAAUGCUGAAUUAAUGGAUAUGAUAAAUGAACAAUGGUCAUCAAUGCCAGCAAUACAAAAAACUGAAUAUCUUGAAGUAGCUGAAUCAAUGCAAGAUUUUUUACCAUCAAAUACGAAGACAAAAAAAUCAUCAACAACAACAACGACAGCAACAAGAAGAAAAGAAUCAUCAAAAGAUAUUAAAUUUAAAGAUGUUAAAGAAUCGGAAUUUUUUCUACAAACUGGCCUUCGUAAACCACGUCGUUGUGGUUUUACAACAUAUUGUAGUUCAAUAUUAUCAACAAUGAUUAAUAAAACAACACAGGAACGAAUGCGUUAUGCAUCCGAACAAUGGAAACAAAUGUCAGUGGAACAGAAACAAUAUUAUUUACAAUUACAAUCAAGUAAAUGUGAAAUGUUUGAAAAAUUAUUUAAUCGUUUUAAAAAGGAUGGAACCUUACCAAGUAAAAAAGAGAUGAAAGAAUUUAAUAAAGCUGGAACAAUAACUGCUACUACCGAUGAAAUGUUGGAAUUGUCAGAAAUCAAGAAUGAAAAAGAAAUGAAAAAAGUGAAAAAAAGAAAAUUGGAUAAUAAUAAUGAUGAUGAUGAUUCACGUAAAACAAUCGAAUGGAAUGAGAAUCAAACUUUAUCAUCAUCAUCAUCAUCAUCAUCACCAUCAUUGACAUUAUCAUCAACGUUAAAAUCACUGAAAAAAGCCUCAGCAUUAUCAUCAUCAUCAUCAUCGACAACAACAACAACAACGAUUACACCAAUUGAAUCAUUUUCAUCAACAACAAAAUCAAAGAAAAAAUUUUCCAAUUGUUUAUACGAUGAUUCAUCAUCAUCAAGUGAAAAUGAUGAUGAUGUGAUGGAUUAAUUUUCUCAGUCAAUUUAAAGAUUGAAGAUAUGUCAACAUUUUUUUUUUAAUGAAAAUUUCAAAUGAAAUAAAGUAUUAUUUUGUUUUUUUUUGACUAAAAAACAUUU